AUGUUCACCUCAUUUGGUGGGGCGCGAACGCGUCUACUACGCGUGCCCACAACAUCACCAAUCCGUCACCAAGGCUUAGUCCCACGGAACCAGAACCACCCUAGACAUUCCCAUUCCCACUACUCGACUAAAGGCGCAUCAUCCACCCCAUCCAAUAAGCCCCGCAGGAUUGCAUUAGCUAGUGCACUUUGUGCGCCUGCAGUAUGGUGGUUCACUACCAACACAGACACGAGUAAUACACCACCUACUAGCCACAAAAAUGGCAAUACAACGACCAAUACAAACACAGCCAAUGAUGCUCCAUGUCUUCACCACCCACCAUCAGCACAUCACUGGUUCGCGGAGACAGGUCUCUCGGAAGAAGAUGAAGUAACGCGGCUUAUAUCGCGAGAUGCGUACUCUUUUCCCGUGAGGAAUGUCCCCGGCGUGAGCAGAUAUGAUGGCGUGCAGGUGGGUUCGAAUGACCCGUGCGAGGACCGGUUCGUGCAUGGGAAGUUUGCGGCGCCGUGGGGUGAUGCCAGUCAGGGGCCGUGGAUGGCGUGGGGGGUGUUUGAUGGACAUUUGGGAGGUCAGAUGGCUGAGGUGUUGAGGGAGAGGUUGUUGGGGUUUGUGCGGUAUAGAUUGGGGUUGCUGAGUGCUACUGGAGGUGAUGUAAGUGAGGAGGCAGUUCAUCGUGCCAUUAUGGAUGGAUUUGUGAGUCUCGAUGACUCUAUUGUCAAGGGUGCGAUGGAGUUGCCGGAGAGUGAGAUGUCGUUGGCAGAAAAGGUAAAGAGACUUGCUCCUGCUUAUGCAGGCUCUUGUGCUUUGCUCUCGCUGUAUGAUCCUGCAUCGCGCAUGCUGCAUGUCGCAUGUACUGGUGAUUCACGUGCGGUGCUGGCUCGAAAAGGAGCUGAUGGGAAAUGGGAAGCCAUCCCUCUGUCUGUGGACCAGACUGGCAAGAAUGAAGAUGAGAUUGCCAGACUUCAGGCGGAACAUCCAGGGGAAGAUGACGUGGUCAAGGGUGGCCGCGUGCUGGGUCUUGCGGUCUCGCGCGCUUUCGGCGAUUGUCAGUGGAAAUGGCCGUUGGAGUUUCAGGAGGAUGUGCAGAAAAGGUUCUAUGGUCCGGCGCUGCUGACGCCGAGAUAUCCGGUUCACACGCCGCCCUAUUUGACGGCGGAGCCGGUGGUUACUAGCACUAGAAUAGGAGAUGGAGAGCCGGCGUUUCUGAUCAUGGCGACGGAUGGACUGUGGGAUAUGAUGUCUAGUCAGCAGGCCGUCGAUUUGGUGGGGAAGUGGUUGGAGGGAGAUGACAAGAGCAGCAGGCCCGGGAUGAAGUCUCCUGGACGAUUUGAUUUUAGCCGGUUUUGGAAUGGAGUGGAUUGGCGAUUUGUCGAGGGACGGACUGCCGUUCAGGAUGAGAAUGCAGCUGUGCAUUUGGUGCGCAAUUCUCUUGGAGGGAAUCAUCAUGAGAUGAUAGCUGGUCGGCUUGCUUUUAGCUUUCCGGCUUCCCGGCGGGUAAGAGAUGAUGUGACUGUGCAGGUGGUCUUCUUCCAUGAAGGUCCACAUAAAUGA